AUUAAUGGGAUUCUGGUACCAUUCUGGAUGGCGAAGAAACAGCAGCAAGGUGUCCCACUUGAUCAACCAUGCAUUCUGCAGCUCGAUUGCUGGGUAAUUCAUCGCUCUAUCGCAUUUCGCACCUGGCUUGAUGUCAACCACCUUGGAUCCAUUAUUGUUUUGUCCCUGCCGGUACAGACUGGUGUUGCACAGCCCUGCGACGUCGGCAUUCAACGAUCCCUCAAACUGGCUAUAAAGGAGCUGCAGCACAAAGAUAUUGUUUCAGAAACUCUAUCACAACUCACGGCUGGAAAGACCCCAGAUGACCUUCGACUUGACGUGACAAAACCAACGCUCCGUGAU